GAGAUCAACUUUUAUCCAUGGGCGUGGCCUAGGGGGUGGUCACGUGCCCUAGGAAAAGUUUGCGGUCCCAACGGGAUGCGAGGAAAGUUUUCUGCUUGUUGUCCCUUCGAGUUUCCGGAGUGAGAGUGGCCGCGGCCCGUGACUUGCCUUGUACCUCGCGACGGAGCCGAGCGACUUUGUGGGAAACUUUACGGAGCAGUGAUUGCGGGAACGAACCAACCCCGGGGGGAGAGGGAGGCGAAGGACCCCUCCAACUCUCCUUGAGAUGAGCGGGAGCCCCAGGCACUGUGAGACGAAGCGACCCGCAUAUUCUAUCUUUGGGAUCCACUAGUUAUUGCUCCCCCUGUAUUACCUGCCCAGUGGACUGUCCCCCAGUUUCCUACCGCGUCCUCCCUACACACAGCCUCCCCCACCAUGGAGCCCGGCUCCCAGCAACAACCUUCCGCCCCGGGUCAGCAGCCUCCCCCUGUGGGACACCAGAUCGUGCAUGUCCGGACCGACUCGGAGACCGACUUGGAGACUCUGUUUAACGCCGUCAUGAACCCGAAGAAUGCGAAUGUGCCCCAGACUCUGCCCAUGCGCAUGAGGAAACUCCCGGACUCGUUCUUCAAGCAGCCCGAGCCCAAGUCCCACUCACGGCAGGCCAGCACAGAUGGGGGAUCAGCUGGAGCACUAACUCCUCAGCAUGUCCGAGCUCAUUCCUCCCCGGCCUCCUUACAGCUGGGGGCAGUGUCCCCCGGAGCUCUUUCCCCUCAGGGGGUGAUUACUGGCCUAGCACCACCUUCUGCGCAGCACCUCCGACAGUCUUCCUACGAAAUCCCAGAUGAUGUUCCUCUCCCUCCUGGAUGGGAAAUGGCAAAGACACCCUCCGGGCAACGAUACUUUCUAAAUCACGUUGACCAAACGACGACAUGGCAGGAUCCAAGGAAGGCCAUGCUCUCUCAGAUAAACGUUACUGCUCCAACAAGCCCUCCCGUGCAGCAGAACAUAAUGACCCCAACAGGUCCACUGCCCGACGGGUGGGAACAGGCACUGACUCCAGAAGGGGAAACAUACUUCAUAAAUCAUAAGAACAAAACCACAUCUUGGCUAGACCCACGGUUAGACCCACGUUUCGCUAUGAAUCAACAGAGGUUAAGCCAGAGCGCCCCUGUCAAAUCCCCACCUGCCUUACAGCCCCAGAGCCCUCCGAGUGGGGUGCUGGGCAGUGGAGGUAACCAACAAAUGCGCCUCCAGCAGCUUCAGAUGGAGAAAGAACGGCUCCGGCUAAAGCAUCAAGAACUGCUUCGGCAGGUGAGGCCACAGGAACUUGCUCUCCGCAGUCAGAUCCCACCAAUGGAGCAGGACAGUGGCCCUCCGAAUCCAGUGUGUUCAUCAGGGAUUUCCCAGGAGCUGAGAACAAUGACGAUGAACAGCUCAGAUCCAUUCCUCAACAGUGGAACGUAUCACUCCAGAGACGAAAGCACUGACAGCGGAUUAAGCAUGAGCAGUUACAGUGUUCCCAGGACUCCUGAUGAUUUCCUUAAUAGUGUUGAUGAAAUGGACACAGGUGAAGCUAUUACCCAAAGUACAAUUCCUACCCAACAGAACCGGUUCCCAGACUAUUUGGAAACCCUUCCAGGCACAAAUGUGGACCUUGGCACACUAGAGGGAGAAGCAAUGAAUGUGGAAGGGGAAGAACUUAUGCCGAGCCUUCAAGAAGCCCUCAGUUCUGAUAUCCUUAACGACAUGGAGACCGUUCUGGCAGCAACCAAACUAGAUAAGGAAAGCUUUCUCACGUGGUUAUAGAAGCAUCUGCAAAACUGAUUUCUAAACCCCAGAAGGAUUUGUUCUUGUCUGGAGGUGGAAUUGAGAUUAUGGUAUAUUACAGAAAAUCAGGCAACGAGCAAAAACUAUUUUUUUUUCAUGUUUUUAGUAUUUCUCCACCCAUUGCUGCUUCAUUACGCCUGAUCUAUUUGAUGAAAGAGCCUUAUGAAUCAACCACAUCGGUCUUUUUAUUUUAUUUUUUUUCAGCUAUAGCUGCCUUUUUCAGACAUUGGUUUGGCGCACACAUGGAUAAAAAAUGCCUGGAAAGCGCUGCGACAGAAGGGGCUCAUGUACAUAGCACGCAAAUCAUUUGGAGUUCACCAGCCAGUCCCAGAGACUAGAGACCACGUCCUAAACCCAAUUAUUAACUUUUCUAUAAAAUUAUUUUGUAGAAAUGUAGUGUUUUUAUUACAAUAGCUUCUCGUUCACUUUGUGUAUCCUAAGCAAUCCAUUGGCUAUUUUUUACCUUUUUCUGUCAAUACCCAUGGCAACUUUUUGUGGAAGUCCCUGUCCGUAUCCGAGAAAAAAAUCUGGUGCAUCUUUGGUUAGUGUAUAAUGAUCUACACAAGUUUGGUGUGAAAGUACAUGUGCUACUUCAGGCUAUAAACAUUUGUGAUGGAAAGAGAAGGCUGAAAAACUAAAGAUAUGUUCCUAAAGGCCCCCAUACACUUGGCCGAGUAAAGCUUCAGACAAACCGAAUCAGUAGCUUUAUUGGCCUUAUGUGGGACCAUCCGAUGGGCGUCCCCGAUCGAUAUCUGACCGUCGAAAGUCGGGCAGAUGCCGAUUGGGCAGGUUAAAAAAUCCCAUCUAAUCGAGGCCACAUCUUUUCGUUGAUGCAGUCCCGUGAUCCGACCGCCCUUUUGGCCUCCAUUCUGAUCAUCUCCAUUCUGAGUCCUAGGGCCCACGAUCGGAUCAGCCUGAUAUCGCCCACCUCAAUGUGGGCAUAUCUGGGAGAUAUCGCCAAACAAGCGGAUCUCCUUAUGUAUGGCCACCUUUAGCCAAAAAAUUAUGUGAAUGUUUAGGGUAGCUUGAACAGAGAAAGUGUUAAAGUUUGCAUAAUUAUGGAUAGAUUUCUGUGUAUAGAUAGACCACCAGGGAUGCCAAGAUGUGUUUGUCCUCAAUGAUCAUAAGCUACAACCCCCCCAGCACCAAAGGCUAUUCAUAGAGUUGUGCCUUUCCUGGUAUAGAUACUAAUCCCAGAACGUGUCUGUUUACCGACCUACCUCUUGUCAUUUUCUUUUUUUAAUCUAAAAUUCCGAGAAAUGCUUUUUUGACUUUUGCUUUGGAAAUUCUUAAGUUUUAUAAUAUUUUUAGAUAUCUGAUAAAUAUGUAGGAACAACA